AUGCCCGAGUACCGCAGUACCUUCCUGCCUUGUACAAGUCGGCUCGCAGGAUCUGAUGAAGAUGAGGCACCUGGUUUUGCAAGGCCAACGCUCGCUUUGUCCACUAAAAGCAAGAAGGGCGCAAAGCGAUUUGAUGACAUCUUGUCGGAGUUGUCAGAUUUGUCUAGCGAUGAACAGCCUCUUAGUGUGUGGCAAAGGUCCAGAACCUUUGGCCCUAUUCCAACUCCAACCUUGGAAGUGGAAAGCCAUGGUGGGCAUGGGGUGCUUGACAAAGCUGGAAUGGAUGAGCUCAGGGCAAUGAAGUCCUCGAUCAGCGAAGUCCCUCUCUUCCAGAAUUGCAGUCCAAAAUUUGUGGAAGCCAUCGCAGAGCAGGUGAGUCACAGACUUUUCACUCCAGGCGUCGAUAUCAUGACGGAGGGUGAAUACGGAGAUAGUAUGUACAUCCUGCAUCGUGGAGACGUCGAAGUGAUCAUCGGUGGAACAACUGUUUGCACCCUGUCAGACGGUGCAGUCUUUGGAGAAAUAGCAGCCCUGUGCAAGAAUCCGUUGCUCGCACGUCGGACGGCCACUAUCCGCGCGCUCACACUUUGUGACUGUCGAGUCACCUAUAGAGACAGCUUGCUGAAGGUCAUGUCUCGCUUCAAGGGUGAUGAGGAGAUCGUGGCCAGAAAGCUAGAGACCCGCAUCGUUGAGCUUCGAAAGAUGGGAAAGUUGCCCAAUCAGAAAGAAUGGCGGCGCGCCCCUGUGAAGCAGCAGGUGGGCCAACCAUGGCCAACCUGGAUAGGUCAUCAAGUCAUCUAA